AUGCAUGUGGCGACCAUCGAGGUGACUCAGCCUAUAGGUCUUGAUGAAGAGCUCUUAGUGGACUAUGGAAUGGAGCACUGCGUGCGCAACGAGGUGCCACACCCCCGUGUCCCGGCAUGGGCCCGCGAUUUUGCAGCCCUUGCAAGGCUGCAGGCGGGCUGA